AUGUCUUUGGUUAACUUGGCAAACUUAUGUUGUCACUUACAAAACUGCACAAUGGCCAGACUCCCAUUGGCUAAGGUGCCGUAUACAAGACUUCAUCUACAGAUAGCUUUGGGCCUUUACAAAGAGGGGUUCAUUUCCUCAGUGCAAAGGGGUUCCAUUAAUGGCCCAGAUAUCACAGCAGUGGAUGUCACUCCUGACAAUAUUUCGACAAGAAGACUAUGGCUGGGAUUAAAAUACAGAAACAACAAGCCGGUGCUAUCAAAUCUUCAUUUGAUCUCUAAGCCAAACAGACGAGUCAAAUUGACAAAUGAGGAACUCAAGCAUUUUGCUUCGGGAAAUAGAAUUAGGUUCAUUCCGCCUGUUAAGCCGGACGAAGUUGUGUUUGUGAGGACCGAUAAGAAUGAAGUGCUGAACUUGUUUGAAGCUGUGAAGAAGUCACGCGAAGGAGAACUACUAUGCAGAGCUUCAUAA